AUGCGCGAAUGUAUUUCAAUUCAUGUCGGCCAAGCGGGAGUUCAAAUGGGAAAUGCCUGCUGGGAAUUAUUUUGUUUAGAACAUGGUAUUCAGCCUGAUGGAUCAAUGCCAUCAGAUUCAACUUCUAAUGGUCGUGCUGAUAAUUCUUUUGGAACAUUUUUUAACGAAACUGGCGCUGGAAAACAUGUACCACGGGCUGUUAUGGUGGAUUUAGAGCCGACAGUAAUUGAUGAAAUUCGAACGGGUACUUAUCGACAGUUAUUUCAUCCAGAACAUUUAAUAACGGGAAAAGAAGAUGCAGCCAAUAAUUAUGCACGUGGACAUUACACCGUUGGCAAAGAAAUAAUUGAUUUAGUUCUUGAUCGACUUCGUAAAGUAGCAGAUCAAUGUACAGGUUUACAAGGAUUUUUAGUCUUUCAUUCAUUUGGAGGUGGUACUGGAUCUGGUUUUACAUCUCUUCUCAUGGAACGUUUAAGUCAAGAUUAUGGAAAAAAAUCUAAACUUGAAUUCGCUAUCUAUCCUGCACCACAGAUUUCAUCGGCUGUAGUCGAACCUUAUAAUUCAAUUCUUACGACUCAUACAACACUUGAACAUUCGGACUGCGCAUUUUUAGUUGACAAUGAAGCAAUAUACGAUAUUUGCCGUCGAAAUUUGAAUAUUGAACGACCAACAUAUACUAAUCUGAAUCGACUGUUAGCUCAAAUAGUAUCAUCUAUUACAGCUUCAUUACGAUUCGACGGAGCUUUAAAUACUGAUCUUAAUGAAUUUCAAGUAAAUCUUGUUCCAUAUCCAAGAAUUCACUUUCCAUUAUCAACAUAUUCACCGAUUAUUAGUGCCGAAAAAGCCUAUCACGAAUUAUUAUCAGUAGCACAACUUACAAAUGCAGUAUUUGAACCAGCAAAUCAAAUGAUUAAAUGUGAUCCACGAAAUGGAAAAUAUAUGGCAUGUUGUAUGCUAUAUCGUGGUGAUGUUGUUCCAAAAGAUGUUAGUGCUGCAAUAGCAGCUAUUAAAGUAAAACGAACUAUUCAGUUUGUCGAUUGGUGUCCAACAGGAUUCAAAGUUGGAAUUAAUUAUCAACCGCCAUCAGCAGUUCCUGGAGGAGAUCUCGCCAAAGUCGAAAGAGCUUUGUGUAUGCUAUCGAAUACAACAGUCAUCGGAGAGGCAUGGGCUCGGCUUAAUUAUAAAUUUGAUAUGAUGUAUGCUAAACGAGCUUUUGUUCAUUGGUAUGUUGGUGAGGGUAUGGAAGAAGGUGAAUUCAGUGAAGCACGUGAAGAUUUAGCAGCGUUGGAAAAAGAUUAUGAAGAGGUUGGAACUGACACUGUUAAUGGUGAAGCAGAAGAAAAUGCGGAUGAAUAUUAA